AUGUUUGAAAAUCGCGCGGAAGUGUUACGGUCGCUUGGAGUUCUACCAACAACUGGUUACACCCAUGCGGGAUACGCACCGAUAAUGUCUCGAUUGUCGACGUCGGUCUUCACAUUUGUUUCACAUCGGCGACUCCUUUGGACUUCUCUGCUGAGAAAAGCCGAACAAACGUCAGGUUCACAAGCAGGACCCUCUGAAGCGCAAACAGAAGUUGUCAACUUUCCGGGAAGAGAACAUUUUCCCAAAGAUGGUGAAACAGUGAUGAAGAUAGUGCAAAGGUUCCGAAAGCAACCGCAAGAAUGGCCAGACGAGGAACAACCUUUUGGUAUCAUAGAACGUACUUUCAUUGGGAAAAUGAUGCACCCUGUAGAGUUGCGACCUGAGCGUGGUUUUGUGAACAUGGUACCUUUUGGCUUCAUGAUGCUUCGUCACUUCUUCAGGAAAGUUCGAGCAAAGGGCAACUUCACAUUAUUUAACUCUACAGGAAUAUUCAAUGAAAAGAAUGUUCGAGCAGGGGCAAAACGUGUAUUUGAAGUAAUUAGUCAACAUGCAUGUAAGGACAAUAUGAAGGAAUUGGUGACGAAGAAGGUUUGUGGUGAAGACCUAAUCCGACGUUUUGAAGCGGCCAGUUGUAAUAUGAGCGAAAGACAACGUGCCUUGCUCAAUCUCACUGAACAAGACAUUUAUGCUAUAGCUCCUGGAGUUUUAGGUCCAUUUCAACUGAUUCGGCCAGUAUUACGGAAUAAGCAACCUUUUAUUAGUUACAGCCUUCUUUGUUGUGCUUUCUACAAGAAACAGAUGUUAUUCGAUGCUGUUCGUGAUUUGCCUUUGCUUGAAAGCGGUGACAAAAUCGAGUAUAUUCCUAUACCAACUGAUUACGGUUAUGCUGCUCCUCGUCUCAUAUUUGCAUUUAUAACAUUUGGUAACCAGAUACUCAGCAAAGGAGAAGUUAAUCAGGAUGUGCAUUUGCUUGAUUUCCAGCCGGUUAUGGUCCAUGUAGUAGUAGCACAUUGCUCGCAGUUACUGAAUCGCUGUGCUAGUAGGAGAGCUCCCCAAGUUUGUCGUCAACUUAGUACUCACAAUACUGAAGAAGGUGAAUUUAGUGAUAUCGUUAGCCUAGCUAAAGUGUGGAAUCGAGCCCCUCUUCGCUCACAGGACAGGUAUCCAAAAGACCAAAAAGCAUUUUCUUUGACUCGUGAUUCCAGUGAAACUACUAGCAAAUAUCAAAAAGGUCUUUGCUUCAGAGAAGAAAAUAAUCUCGUUUUGACACAGUACAAAGGAAUUGAUGUCUGGACGAAAGCGUUGGCGUACCUUACGUGGUUAAAGACGAAAUUCUUUAUACUUGGGGCGACGCCAACAUUAGCAAUGAGUGAUGAGGAUCUCGUACGAGGUGGACAGAAAGUAUUCCGGACGAUCCUUGACGCAGUUGUAGGAAGGAAGGUGGAGUCUUUAGGACCGCUCAUGCUUCGAAGCAGUGCUUUGGAUUUGCAUAGAAAAUUGGUAUGGAAUUUAAAAGAGAAGCAAAGGGAUGCAUUAAUGGUUACUGACGCUGAUUUUGUUGGAUCUAACGGUUUUGUGUACAAUUGGGAUGGUUUUGGAACUGAACGAGGUACGAUUUCGCGGAUGAUACAUUCGGCAUCUAUUGUACCAAAGGACGCCACUGGAGAAGUACUGGAUCAACCGUAUUUUCGAUAUUCAAUCAUUUUAGCUGCCUUAUUAAGGAAAAAUGAGUUGUACAAGAUGGUGCGACAGUUGUCAUUCAACCUUGAGAAAGAGCGAAUGUUCUUGCAGAUGCCUCCAAAUUACGGUUUUAUCACUCCACGUUAUGUUGUUAUGCGAAUUGAUAUGUGCCACAAGGUGAUUAACGCCGCUCCACUGCAAUUGAGUGAAGAUGGACUGAUAUAUGACUUCCACAUUCAUUCCUUUUAA